AUGAGGAAAGAAUUAAAAUAUAUCAUUGGAGCUCAUGUUCUAUUCAUACUAUACUUGGUAUAUUUAACUUUUGAUUUAAUUACCUUAUUACAUGAUGAUUCAUUUAGUGAUGCCUUAUUAGAUGUUGAAUUAAAUCCUCCUGAUGGUACAUUAAAUAAAAAGCUAAUAAUUCCUAAAAUUAUUCAUCAAACUUAUAAAACAACUGAAAUCCCUGAAGUUUGGAAAGCAGGUCAACAAGCUUGCGUAGAUUUACAUCCUGAUUAUCAAUAUAUUCUUUGGACAGAUGAAAUGGCACGCGACUUCAUCUCUGAAGAAUAUCCUUGGUUUUUAAAGACUUGGGAUCGUUAUCCUUAUCCUAUUCAAAGAGCUGAUGCUAUAAGAUAUUUUGCUUUAGUUCAUUAUGGUGGAGUAUAUAUUGAUUUAGAUGAUGGAUGUGAAAGAAGACUUGAUCCUUUAUUAACUGUUCCUGCUUUUGUUCGUAAAACAAUACCUACCGGAAUUUCUAAUGAUGUUAUGGGUGCUGUACCUCAUCAUGAAUUCUUUAAAAAAGUCUUGGAUUCUUUACAAAAUUAUCAACGUAAUUGGUUAGUACCUUAUAUAACCAUUAUGUUUUCAACUGGUCCAUUAUUUCUUUCAGUUAUGUGGAAACAAUAUAAAAGAUGGGGUGUACCUGAAGCAGGUAAAGUUCGAAUUCUUUUACCAGAAGAUUAUAAAACUAAAAGUUAUUCAUUCUUUGCUAUUGCUCCUGGUUCUUCAUGGCAUUUAGAUGAUGCUAAAUUCAUUAAAGGCAUGGCUAAUCAUAUUGGUUUAGCUGUAUUUUGUGGAUUUCUUAUUGCUGGUUUAAUCUUUUAUCUUGAAUAUUUAUUUUAUUCAUGGGUAAUUUCAAAUAAUUUUAAGAAAUUAAUAAACAGUGAUAGACCUGUCCUUUCAAUCUUUUCCUUUUUCACUAGAAAACAACAAAAUUUCGUUAAGAGAAGAUCAAGAAAGGAUUCCAACUUGCCUGUCAAUUUGGAUUACUUGGACCAAUUGAAUGAUGAUGCUGAAGUGAUCACUAUAGAUGAUCAUCAUUCGCAUUCGCACUCAUCUUCCCCCACCCACCAUAAUGUCACUACUAAUAAUAAUAAUAAUAACAAUAAUACCACUUCCACUACCACAACCACAACCACCACUCCUAAUGAUGAUGGAGAAAAUUAUAUCUCCAAAAAUAACGAUAGUCUUGUAUGA